UGUUCGGCUCGGCCAGCAGAAACCGAACAGAAACCCAAUCGGAGCGGCUUCUGGUUCCGCGGAUCCCAGGUCAGUUAGUCCAGCAGGAUCCGGUUCAUUUCGUUCCUUUGAGCAGUUCAGUUCUGACUCUUAAGAUCCACACCGGUACUGCCUCAUGCGGGAAGUUUGGUUCCGAGCAGCUGGAGGUUCCUCAGACCGGUUCCGGUUCUGGUUCCGUUGGAACCAGCGGGUCCAGUUCAGACUGUAAAUAGGGUUAGAAAUGAAAACAGUAUUGGAGUUCAUUCAUUUCUGUUUCUGUACCAGGUCCUUUUACCAGUUCCAGAACCCGACCAGAACCUCUCAGUGUAAAUUACCGUGAGAAAUAAUGAGAUUUGGUUUUAUAUGAAAACAGGUUUUAAUGCCGAAAAAUGAUGAGAUGUUAGAAGCCAUGCAUAUCAUCCAGAUGGAUCAGAACCAGAGCUACAUUCACCGUCCAUCGCUGGUCCACUGAGCUCAGCUGAUGGACGGAACCAGGCAAAGACUGGAGAGUUCAGCUUUUAUUCUGCUCUGCAGUCUGUUCAUGUAUGACUGCCGGUAGACACACAUAAACAUGGUUUUAUACGCUGCAGCGUGUAAGCAGUUAAAAGAUUUGGAGGAAAGACAGAACCUACAACACCAGGAAGAAGAGAAACGGCAGCAGGAAUCAGCUGCUUGGCUACUUCCGGAUGGAGCUUUCACCUCUUCUUCAUGACCUUCAUCUCUCCUCCUCCUCCUCAGAGAAGCCACGCCCCUCUAAUCCCCUCCCACCAAUCACAGAGCUCCUCUCUGAGCUGCAGAAGAAGCUGACUGGGGUGGCUGAAAGCAGCACUCUGAUUGGCCAGGUUGAGCAUCUGUUCCAGGCGGCAGAUCCUGAUUGGCUGUUCCCUCCGCUGUUGGAUGACCAGGACAGCGGGUGGGCGGAGCUUCAGGCAGCGUACAGCUCAGUGAUCAGUGCUCUGAUUGGCUGUGCCGCGCUGCCGGUCUGCGAGGAGGACUGCGGCUCGUUAGACGCCUCAGCCUAUCAGAGCGUCCCGGAGCGGGCUGCCGCCGUAAGCUCCGCCCUCACAGUGCUGCUGGGGAACUGGGAGGAAGGGGGCGGAGCCAGAAGAGCCAGGCUGCUCCUCGCUGUGGCUCCACCCAUCUACCUGUUCUCUGUUACACAUUUCCAGGACGAGGUUUGGACCAGCGCCGCCUCCAGAACCGCGGCGCGGCGCCUUCAGGGGGCGCUGCUGAGGGCGGGCGGAUGGAGAGACUCCGCCCACCUGCUGACGGGGGAGGGGGACGACAGGUGCAUUCUGGAUGGAGUCCUGGACAUCCUGCAGCCUCAGCUGACCAGGGAGUCAUGGCGACGGUGUGCCGCCUUGAAGCUGCAGUUCUCCUGGACGCUGCUGCAGGUGACCCGCCCCUUCCUGUCCCGCUUCCUGCCUCGCCUCCUCCCCCCUUCCCUCCUCCUGAAUGACGACUACAGGCCGGAAAACUGCAUGCUGGGAGUUCGCUGUCUGCAUCACAUCGUUCUCAACACGCCCGCUGCAGACCUUCGUCAAUUUAACAGAGCCGAGGUUCUGUACCAGGCUCUGUUCAGACACCUGUACACGAGCGAGGCCGCCGUCAUCCAGCUCGUCCUCUCCUGCCUGCUCGACCUGCUGCUGGUUCUGGAGAAGCCCCCCUCCUCUUACUGCCGCAGGAAGCCAUGUCGCCAUGACGACGUGCUGCAUCUGGUUCUGACCCACAUGGAGGCGGAGCAUAAGGUGGCGCUGCGGCGCGUCUACGCCUCGGCCCUGCUGCUCUACGUGGAGAGGGUGGGCGUGGCCGUGUGCAGACACCUGCGGCGGCUGAUGCCGGUUCUGUUGGGUUACCUGGAGAUCGGGGAUCCGCCGGAUGAGUCGGUUCGGCUGAAGAUGCUGGAGGUUCUGCAGUCGACCAUCAGGCUGGCGUGGCCACGGAUGGCGAGCCGCGCCGAUGCCCUGCUGCGCUGUUUGCUGCGGCUGCUGGUCGACGUCUCUGCAGACCCGGGACUCAGCGACUCGGUCCGGCUGCAGCUGAUGGAGGGAAGCUCCGCCUCCCUGCGCCUGCUGGACGCCGCUACUCAGCGACGCGUUCAGCGGCUCCUCCUGCAGGUCGACAGCCGCCACUGCAGCCCUCAGGUUCUCUGUUGCCUGGCAACCGUGACAGCAGAGCAAGAGCACACCUGAAGUACCUGAAGGCAGAGCUUUAAGAGACCGAGCAGCACAAACACCUGAACCGAGCCGGAACCGAGUCCGAAGGUCGGCCCACCAGAACGGGAACAAAACCAGCAGGAAGUGGGUUUUCAGAGUAAAACCCUGAGACGUUUUGGAUCAGUCCUGGGGAGACAGAAGGACCCAAACAGGCCCAGAGGAUCAGCAGCUGGCUGCAUAAAUCGAAUGUUUUUUGGUUUCACACAAUAAAGUUUUUCUGUAGAUCU